AUGGGUCAUUGUCUAAGCGGGGCUCGGCGAUUCACAGCCAUUUUUUCUCUAUUGCGCUUUCCCCCUACAACUUCGCGUUCCUUGAAGUGUCUAAUACCCCAUCGCGCGCAGUUUACAUCGCGAUCUUCAAUCAUGGCCUCCACUUCCCUCCCUGCCUCCGUGGCGGCCCUGUCCCUCCAAUCGACUGACCAGCGGUCUGAGAUCCCCGGGUGCUUCCCGACCUUGAACCCAAUGGAUAUCUACCGUGAACAUAUCGCGACUGAAAUCAGCAAAAACCUUGGCGUCCCCGUCGAAAAGAUCUAUGCCCGUGUUGCGUGGACUAACACACUAGACAAGGGCGACCUUUCAUUGCCAGUGGCUUCUCUCCAAAUCAAGAAAAACCCCGCGGAGCUAGCCAGCGAAGUCGCGGCCAAUUUCCCGGCAUCCGAUCUUAUUCACCCUCCUACCGCCCUUGGUCCUCAUGUGCAGUUCUUCUGCAAACCUCAACCAUUGAGGAACACUGUUCUUGGUCGCAUUCUCAAAGAGAAGGCUGCUUAUGGAACAAACGGCAACCAGGGUCAGAAGGACCCCUCCGACCCCUCCAAGGGCCAGAAGAAGAUCAUCAUUGAGUUCUCCUCGCCGAACAUCGCCAAGCCUUUCCACGCCGGUCACCUGCGCAGCACUAUCAUCGGUGGUUUCCUUGCCAACAUCUACACUGUUAUGGGAUGGAAUGUGAUCAAGAUGAACUACCUGGGUGAUUGGGGUAAGCAGUACGGCCUUUUGGCCAAUGGCUUCAAGUACUUCGGUAAUGAGGAUGCUCUUGUUAAAGACCCCAUUAACCACCUGUUCGAUGUCUAUGUCAAGGUCAACGCUCUCGUCAGCGAGCAGGAUGGCCCCAUCAAGGAGCUGAAGGAACAAAUCAAGACCAAGAAAGAGAAAAGCGAGGACGUUGCUGAGUUGGAGGCACAGCUCGCCAAGCUCGUGGAUGUCAGCGAGGACGAAAAAGCUCGUCGCUACUUCAAGAGCAUGGAGGACGGCGAGCCCGAAGCUCUUGCUCUCUGGCGCAAGUUCCGUGAACUCAGUAUCGAGAAGUAUAAGCAGACCUACGCCCGUCUCAACAUCGACUUCGAUGUAUACUCCGGUGAAUCUCAGAUCAAAUCUGAGAGCAUGACCGAUGCCUACAAGCUUAUGGAGAAGGCUGGUGUCUCCGAGAGCUCCGAAGGCGCUGUGAUUGUUGACUUCACCAAGCACGGUGCUAAGAAGCUGGGCAAGGCUAUCAUUGUUCGCAAGGAUGGAACUCCCCUCUACCUGACUCGCGACAUCGGUGCCAUUACCGAGCGUGAUGAUGAGUACCACUUCGACAAGAUGAUCUAUGUCGUUGCUUCCCAACAGGAUCUCCACUUGGCUCAGCUUUUCAAGGUCACCGAGCUCAUGGGCCACAAGGAUCUGGCCUCUCGUUGUCAGCACAUUAACUUCGGUAUGGUCCGUGGUAUGAGUACUCGUAAGGGUACUGUCAAAUUCUUGGAUGAUAUCCUGCGCGAUGUCGUCAUGAAGAAGAACGAUGUCAAGUAUGCGCAAGUCGAGGACCCCGUGAAGACAGCCGAUACUCUGGGUAUCACCUCCGUCAUGGUGCAAGAUAUGACUGGCAAGCGUGUCAACGGCUACGACUUUAACUUGGACGCCAUGACAUCCUUCGAAGGUGACACUGGCCCAUACCUUCAGUACGCUCACGCUCGUCUCUGCUCAAUGACCCGCAAAUCCGAGUUGGAUGUGAACGAACUGGUCAAUGCCAACUUUGAUCUCUUGACUGAGCAGCAUGCCGUUGACCUGGUCCGUUUAUUGGCCCAGUGGCCCGACGUGCUCCUGAACACUGCUAAGACUCUUGAGCCCAUCACUGUCCUAAGCUAUCUGUUCCGCAUGACACACAUGCUGAGCUCCAGCUAUGAUGUCCUGAAGGUCAUCGGCAGCGAGCCCGAUGUUAAGCAGGCCCGUAUGGCCUUGUAUGCUUCGGCCCGCCAGGUUCUGAACAACGGCAUGCGGGUUCUCGGUCUGAACCCCGUCGAGCGUAUGUAA